AUAAAGCGUUUCCUGAAGGAGGACUCGGAGGAGGCUGAGCUGACCCAGAUCCUGCGGGAUUGCCCACCAGCUGACAGCCCCAGGAAGGUGGAGACCCCGGAGAGCCGGCGGGAGUCCGGCCACCCCCUCUGUGGCGUGGGCAGGGUCCCCUCUGAGGAAUCCACCGACGAGAGGGACACCAGGAUCUUCUCCCGACCUCGGCCCUUGGAUUUCCAGCAGCACAUCACUGCCCCUCCGCCCCCCAGCCCCAACCGCCCACGGAGUCCCUGGGGGCAGCUGGACCCCUACGACUCCUCCGAGGAUGACAAGGAGUAUGUGGGCUUUGCCACGCUGCCCAACCAGGUCCAUCGGAAGUCGGUGAAGAAGGGCUUUGACUUCACCCUCAUGGUGGCAGGGGAAUCUGGGCUGGGCAAGUCCACCCUGGUUAACAGCCUCUUCCUGACGGACAUGUACAGAGACCGCAAGCUGCUGAACGCCGAAGAGCGCAUCACGCAGACGGUGGAGAUCACCAAGCACGUGGUGGACAUCGAGGAGAAGGGUGUCAAGCUGCGCCUGACCAUUGUGGACACGCCUGGCUUUGGUGACGCAGUCAACAACACUGAGUGCUGGAAGCCAGUGGCUGACUACAUUGACCAGCAGUUUGAGCAGUAUUUCCGUGAUGAAAGUGGCCUCAACCGGAAAAACAUCCAGGACAAUCGCGUCCACUGCUGCAUCUACUUCAUCUCACCCUUUGGCCAUGGGCUCCGGCCCCUGGAUGUGGAGUUCAUGAGAGCCCUGCACCAGCGGGUGAACAUCGUGCCUGUGCUGGCCAAGGCUGACACCCUGACCCCCACCGAGGUGGAGCGCAUGAAGAACAAGAUCCGGGAGGAGAUUGACCACUAUGGCAUCCGCAUCUACCAGUUCCCUGAGUGUGACUCAGAUGAGGAUGAGGAUUUCAAGCUGCAGGACCAGGCGAUGAAGGAGAGCAUCCCCUUUGCUGUCAUCGGCAGCAACACAGUUGUGGAGGCCAAAGGCCGGCGUGUCCGUGGACGCCUCUACCCGUGGGGCAUCGUGGAAGUGGAGAACCCAUCCCACUGUGACUUUGUGAAGCUGCGGACGAUGCUGGUGAGGACCCACAUGCAGGACCUCAAGGACGUGACAAGGGAAACCCACUACGAGAACUACC